AGAUGAGCUGCAAGAGUGAGGCGGAGGCCCUGUGCGAGGCGCGCCACCCCCGUCGCGAGCCACCCCCGCCAACAAGUAGGCCCAUUGUACUACUUUUGUUGGCAGCAACCGGCGCCUGUUUGGGCGCCGCAAUCAUCGCCGCCCUCGCCGCCCCCGAGCUGAUGGCCCUGCGAGCCCAACACAACCGACUCCGACUUGACUUUGAUCUUCUCCAAGUCAGACUCAACGCCUUCUUGCAGAAUGAUGAACCAGUUACUCAAGCAGCUUUGGCAGCUCUGACCGACUCGCAGUCGGAUCAAGUGCAGUCGGACGAAACAGAUUCUUCGUCGGACGACUUUAAUGACGAAGAUGAUUACGAUUAUGGCGAAGAUGAUGACGAGGAUGAUGAAGAGGGCUCGGCGCGGCGUCGGCGUCGCGACGUUGAGUUGGCUCCACCAGUGCGCGUUGCCGCAUCUGGAUCAAGAGGCCCCAUGAUGGGCCACACGGCCGACGGUGUGCCCAUAGUUGCCCUUUCUUAUGACGAGGCAAAGCAAAUGAACCGCUCGGGCCACCAUCUGCGUCUUUACGACCAGCUUGCUUCGGCGGCGCCGCUCGCACCCACUCCAGAUCCUAUCAAAUUGCAUCACCGCGUCAGUCCUCUAUGGUCACCUCCGAAAAAGCACAAUCACGAGAAGAAAAAAGCAACAAGCGCGACACCCGGCCCCAUGCUGGAGCGCCGUUCCCGAGUGAUGCAGACGCCCGAAGAGGGUGAGUCUGUGUCCCUCAACGGCCCCGCUCCUCCAGGCGUGGUGCUCCGCGUGCUGCAAGGGUCGUCUGGCGGGCAGCAGCCUCCGCAGGCGCACGAACUGCCGCCCCCGACGUUUAUCCGUCGACCGGCCAGUGGACUCGUGCGGUCCGGGCCUGGUGACGCCAGUAAUGCAGAAAGGCGCCCGAGACGAAAGCAGCGGCCGAGAAGCGACGACGCUGGAGCUUCAAACCACCACCCAUUCCGUGUCGCCGCGCACUUCACUGCCAACUCGUCCAUGUACACACUCGCACAUCCAAAUUACAGAGGCAACGGACGUCUUCGUCAUGCUGGCGUCUUCACUGACUGGAGCUCAGAUAGCUUCAUGGACGAGCUGGCUUUGGACAAGUACUUUGGCUUGAAAGACGGAAUUCUCACUGUCAAACUCGGUGGCCUUUACUAUUUUUACUCGCAGAUUUAUUACAUUGAGGAGCACGACAACAACGGCUACAACGUGUACGUGAACAACGUCGUUCGGCUGCAGUGCGUCACGACGACGCACAGUAACACAAAUGUGGUCAAGGUGAACACAUGUUACACCGGAGGGGUGCUUCACCUUCGGACGGGUGACACCCUUUUCCUCAGGGACAUCGCUGGUAUGCGUUAUUCACUUUUCGAGCCCGAAAAGAGUUUCUUUGGCCUCUUCCGAUUUGCAAACGCGCUCCCCCGCUCUCCUCUCAACUGAGAAUCUCGAACUCUCUCUCCAUCCCGUUGUCACCACUUUGGAACACCCAUGUUCAAAAACGAUCUCACACUCUUCCCUAAAAAUUCAUAUAAUUCAGCGAUUUUAAUGGACGUGCCAUUCAGGAGAAGAAAUGAAAUGUCUAUAGGUGAACCAAGGUGGACUGGUGAAAUGCUACUCGGGCUGCUCUUUUGUUAAUUAACUUUUUUCAUUAAAUAAUUUAUUGAAUUGUAUCCAUAUGUAAUUUUUAAAAGUCUUGCUCUAGGAGCUCUUUGGUUUUAAUGUAAUUUUAAUAAAUUAUAAGCUAUAUUGAAUCAAAUUAAAAUAAAAUAAUAAGAGUUGAAAAAUCCUGUAAUUCAUGAUCAAUAAAAAGCUGUUUUUUGUUUAGUUUUUGUGCCAUCAUCAUUAAUAAUUUCUAAUUUUUUCUCCUCUUAAAUAAUAUGUAAAGGCCUGUUGCUCGUUUCGAUUUAUAAUAUUAUUUACUAUUAUUUUUCAUGUGUGCUCUGGUGGGUGAGAGAAUAAAAAUGUAUACUUUUAGCAUAUACGUACAUGUACAUUUAUGUAUUUUUAGCAAGGAAUAAAUACGUACAUAUUUUAUGGUCAAUUAACA